AUGAGGCCCGCGGCGGCCGCGGCCGCGUCCGUGCUGCAGGCGCCGCGGCGAGCGCUCGGAGGGAUGUCGUUCGUCGCCGCCCGCUGCGCGUCCUCCUCCUCCUCCUCGGUCGCCGCCGCCGCCGCCGCCACUUCGUACGAUCAUGUGUCCUUUGUCAAGGAAAUCGCCGUGACCGACCCCCCGGAGCAUCUGAACUCUUUACUGAACGUGCUUCAUGCACGAGGUGAGAAGAUAGUUUCUCCUGGAGCUAAGAGAGGGCUCAUUCCACUUGUUGUUCCCCUGUCGGAAAGCCCACAAGGUAACUUGACAUCCCUGCUGAGAUGGCCGACUGCUCCAAGUGGGAUGGAAAUGCCUGUAGUGGAAGUGCGUAACCAUGGGCUAUGGCUUUUGGCUAAAAACGUCAAUCAAUAUAUUCAUAGAAUACUUGUUGAGGCUGAUAGCAGAGCUAAGAGUGGUGAUGAUUUAUGGUCUGCUGUUCGAGAAGAUUUAUGGUCUGCUGUAGGGGAAGCUGGUCCAAACAUUUACAAAAGAGGUGAUCUCAAAGAAUCACAGAUGGCAGAUCUUGAUGUCUAUUUGUUGAAGAAGGUUGGACUCUUUCCAGACAUUCUAGAAAGGAAAGCAUCACGCCACCUGGAAAAAGGAGAUAAUGUCUCCGCUCUUAUUACCUCAGAAUUCUAUACUAGAGAUCAGUUUCCUGGAUUUGGAAGACCCUUUGUGUUCAACUCAGAAGUUCAAAAAAGAAUUGGGCGUACAUCUGAAGCCAAAGAAUCAGCUCGAGUGGCUUUGAAGUCACCAUGGUGGACACUAGGCUGUAGAUACGAAGAGGCAGCUGAACUAGCUGGGUGGGAGGAUGAGCAGAUCGAGUUCAUAAGAGAGAAGGUAUCCGAAGAGGGCAAACAAGACGAUCUGAAGAAAGGAAAAGCUCCAGAGCAGGUGGUCCUUGACGAGGCGGCGUUUCUGAUGUAUCUGGCCACGGUUGACGGCAACUGGGACGAAGUCGUGGAUCGGAUCGCCGACUGCUACAGAGAGGCUGGGAUCCAUGACAUUGCGAAGUUCAUCGCUUAUAGGGAAUAG